GGGUUAUAGGUCAGGAGUCAGAGGGUGACGCCGCCGUGGGCCGCGCAGUGACCCUGGGGGCUGGGACGGACAGAGGGAGGCAGGAGGCGGCGGGGGCAGGCCAGGAUGACGGGCAUGGCCGACAACCACCGGGAGAGCUGGGCGGGGCUGAUCGCGGAGGCCGAGCGGUACCGGCGCCGGACGGGGAACGAGGUGGUUCUGAUCACGGCUUACCGGGCCCCGCAGCCGGGCGGCUUCGCCUACACCCAGCACGGCUGCGGGGCCCUGGGCGACGCCACCCGCCGCUACCUGGAGGACAUCGCCGUGGUCCACAAGACCACGGCUUUUACCUACGCCGCCCGGCCCGCACCUGCCCCCCGGCCGCCCCCCAGCCCCUACUCCCGCAGCUGCCCCCCCCAGGACCCGCCCGCCAGCCCCCACUGGAUCGCGGGCACCCAGGGAGCCCCGGCUGAGGCCGUUGGGGGGCAGGAGGAAGAGGAGAAAAACAUGCCGGCGCCCAGGGAGAUGGAGUCACCGGGGAAGCAGCAGCCCCCCAGCGACACCACGGGUCUCUUUGUGAUGGAUGAGGACUCCCCCAGCCAGGACUAUGAGCCCUUCUUCGAUUCGGACCCGGAGAGCACUGACGAUGGCAGCCUGAGUGAGGAGGCGCCCGCCCAGCCCCCCCCCCGCCCCCCCAGCCACCAGUACGCCAAGUCACUGCCCGUCUCCGUCCCCGUCUGGGCCUUCCGGCAGGCGGGGCCCGAGCAGCGCUCGUCUGACGAGGAGAAUGCCAAGCACUCGUCCCCCGACCUGGAGAAGAUCGCGGCCAGCAUGCGGGCACUGGCCCUGCGUGGCUCCGACGGCACCGAGAUGUUCGGGGACCUGCCCCGCCCCCGCCUCAACACCGGGGACCUCCAGAAACUGCAGCGGAAGUAUUGACACCCCCCCGCUGGGGGAGGGGCCCCCCCGACAGCGCCCCCUCCCUUGGACACUACACCCCCCCCAAUGGCAGGGCAAGGGGGAAUCCCCCCCCCCACCCCGGCCCCCAAGAGGCGACAGAGGGCUCUCGGGGGCGCCGUAAGCCGGUGCAUCCAAGCUGCGGGGGGAUAUUAGCUGACUGCUCACGCUACAGGAUCACAAGGGUUGCGGGGAGAUGAUGGGGGGGGGGGGGGGGCUGUGUCCCUCCCCCUCCACACUCCAUCCCCUCCCGCAGCAGCAGAUGUGGUGGGGAGCCCCUCCGGUCCCCCCAGCACUACAGCUACUGAGAGGGGAGCACCCCCUGGUGCCCCCUCCACACACUACAGGGGACACUGCCCCCCCCGCCUUCCCCCAAAGUGUCUUAAGAGAUUUUUGUAAGGCCCUCCAUUUGCACAUGAGCUGUUCCCCCGGAAAAGGGGGGCAGUUUCCCCAAACCCCCCUAUGGGGGGGGGGGGCUCUGCUGUCAGCCUCCAGGAGAGACUUCUCCCCCCUGCCCCCCAGAACUGACACCCUAAUUUUUGGGGGGUGGAGGGAACUGCCCCCUCCUUUGAGAGGAAAGGCAGGGGCUGGUUUUCCGAGCCCAGCCUCGGUACCUGACCCCAGAGGGUCCCUGGCCCGGACCCCCCCCCCAACCCCUUCUUUUGUACCAGAUGUUCAGGGGCCCUGGCCCUGCCCCUUUAUUUUUGUCCAAAGAUGAUUGGUGGGUCAGGGCGCGGGGAGCCCCGCCCCUCCAUCCCCUUGUUGGCCAAUAAAAAGAUGCCAACUUUUACCAGCUUCA